AAUGCGGAGAGGUGCUUCCCAGAGCCCACAUCAGCGGCUGCCACCAUGUUCCAGCUGCUCUGCGCCCUCCUGCUCGUGGCUCACACCUGGGGCUGUGGCCACCCCACCUAUGUGCCCAACAUUUCGCGUGUGGUUGGAGGCGAAGAUGUCCGGCCCCAUAGCUGGCCCUGGCAGGUUUCCCUCCAGUAUGACAAGAAAGGAGUUUGGGCUCACACAUGCGGCGGGACCCUUAUUGACCCCAACUGGGUGCUGACGGCAGCUCACUGCAUCAGUUCCAAGCGGACCUACCGAGUCCUGCUGGGCAAGCAGAACCUGAGGGUGGCUGAGGCUGGCGAGGUGGCCGUGGCGGUGGAGAAGGCCAUCGUCCACGAGAAGUGGAACUCUCUCUUCAUCAUCAACGACAUCGCCCUGCUGAAGCUGGCGCAGCCGGUCGAGUUCAGCGACACCAUCCAGCCCUCCUGCCUGCCUGCCCCAGACCUGCUGCUGCCCCAGGGCUUCCCCUGCUAUGUCACCGGCUGGGGCCGCCUCUGGACCAACGGGCCCAUCGCGGACACCCUUCAGCAGGGCUUGCUGCCCGUGGUGGACCACGCCACCUGCACCCAGAAGGACUGGUGGGGCGCUAUGGUCAAGCCCAGCAUGGUCUGCGCGGGGGGAGACGGCGUCAUUUCGGGGUGCAAUGGCGACUCCGGUGGGCCCUUGAACUGCCUCAUUGGCGGCUCCUGGCAAGUGCACGGCAUCGUUAGCUUUGGGUCCGCCCUCGGCUGCAACACGGCCAAGAAGCCCACCGUCUUCACCCGGGUCUCCAGCUACAUCGCCUGGAUCACCCAGAAGAUGACUCAGAACUGAGGAGCUGUGGCUGAGCCUCCUGGCCAACCGAUACCGAGAAAUAAACACUCAAUAAAACCUUUUGGCACCCCGAAGGGCCG